AUGCUCAGAUUUAGUCUUAUGUCGCACAUAUCGUCUAUGCAGCGUAUUGGAUAUAAUGUUCACGCUCGUCGGAGCAGCGAGGAGGAGUAUGCCGAUUCCGGCAACCAUGGGCAUCACCACGAUCACCACUCGCACCACCAUCAUGUGCACCACCAGGCAAAGGUCGGUGAUCCUGAUCACAAGGCAGCACAUGACAAGCAACUGGCUAUACCCGAAAGUGGGCACAAAGCGGAUAAAGAUAUUUUCGAGGACGACGAGGACGAUGAAGAGGACGACGACGAUGACUUGGCCGAUGGGGUGGCAACCCAAGGUGACGAUAGCUUUAAUUUCGAAGCCGAUCUCCUGAACAACACCAAGUUUGCCGAGUCGGACUUUGUGUUCUUCAACAGAGUUCCAAAGGUGGGAAGUCAAUCCCUGAUGGAGCUGAUGGCCCGUUUGGGCAAAAUCAAUGGAUUUAACCACGCUCGCAAUAAGGGCGGUGCCCACGAAACGGUCCUCAUGAACAAACAGCGCCAGGGUGAACUGGUUGCCGAACUCCUGACCCGGCCAAAGCCGCAUGUUUAUAGCCAGCACAUAGCCUACAUUAACUUCACUCGCUUCCACCUGCCGAAGCCGAUAUAUAUUAAUUUGGUCCGUGAUCCCAUCGACCGCAUCAUCAGCUGGCACUACUAUAUCCGCGCUCCCUGGUAUUAUCGGGACAUGCAGGCCAAGCUGGGUGACAAGGCACCGGCCAUGCCCUCGGAUGAGUUCCUUAACCUCGACCUGGACACCUGUGUGAAGAACCACGAUCCGCACUGCACCUUUACCCAGGAUCAGAUCAAGAACCCAGUGGGCGAUCAUCGCCGGCAAACGCUCUUCUUCUGCGGCAUGAAUCAGAAGCUGUGCAUGCCCUUUAACUCGGAGGCUGCCAUGCAAAAGGCCAAGCGAACGGUGGAGUCGGAAUACGCAGUGGUGGGGACCUGGGAGGAUACCAAUAUUACGCUAACCGUUCUGGAGGCCUACAUACCGCGUUUCUUCCGCAACGCCAAGGUUGCCUACUACCUGGGCAAGGAACGUUUGUCAAAAGUGAAUCGCAAUAAUGUCACUCGAAUUGUUAGCGAGGAAACUCGCGUUAUUCUGAGGAAGAAUCUCACCAACGAGAUUGAGUUUUACGAGUUCUGCAAGCAACGUUUGUAUCUGCAAUACGCCGCCUUGAGUCAUGGCAAGAGAUUCGGGGAAGAUGACUAUCUUUUGGUGCCAGAACAGAAAAACGAUUACAACGAGGAGUAUUAG